AUGGCCGCCGCUCCAGCUCUGCAGACAGCCAUCGAGAUUGCCUCUCCCCCAAGCGACGAAGAAACCCUCACGCUUUUCGCCCCCGAACCGUCCUCCAAAGCCGAAGAAGUAAAUAACUACAUCUUUGCACACCCGGUCGUAGGCCUCCUCCUCGCCGACUCUGCAUAUUGCGCCUCUCGCCCACACCUCAAAAUUCCCCCUUCACUGCGCCCACACAAUCUCACUGGCGGUACGCUUCUGGGCCAAGACCGUAUUGCUGUACCCCCACUUGCGUUUACGACCUCAGACGGCUCGCGCUUCGCCUCUGUUCAAUAUCUUGGGCCGGCGCUGUGUGGACAUCCGGGGCUGAUUCAUGGAGGCUUGCUGGCGACAUUACUAGACGAGGGGUUAGCACGGUGCUGUUUCCCAGCGCUGCCCAAUAAGGUUGGUGUAACUGCGAGUCUGAAGAUCGAUUAUCGGAAGCCGUGUAAAGCAGAGCAAUAUGUGAUUCUGCGGGCAGAGACGACGAAGGUUGAGGGCAGGAAGGCGUGGGUCAAGGGGCGAAUUGAAACACUGGUAGAUGAGACGAAGGGGGAGGUGCCCGAAGUUUUAGUGGAGGCGGAAGCAUUGUUCGUGGAACCAAGACAAGCAGCGGCCAUGCAGCGGAUAUAUUCGACUGCUCAGUAA